AUGUCCCGUAAGACCACGCUUAAUCGCACGGUGAAAUUUAUGUUGGUUCUGUUCGGUAUUUGGCCGGGCAUGUCCUGCGGUCUUAUCUGCAGGCUAUUUUGGAUCGUUACAUUAAUAUUCGUCGAGUACUGUCAUUACCUUUACUUUGUGUCGCAUAUAUAUACCGCCGAGUUUCUCGAUAUGGUGGACUGCAUGUGCAGUUUUAUGGCAUACGCCAAAGUGAUAAUGAGGAUUAUCCUGUUUUGGAUGAAUCAACAAAACAUCAUCGUGUCGAUCCUGUCGAUGAUGUCAAACGAUUGGGAUGAUUGUGCCAAGAGCGACGUCGCGCUUCGAGAGACAAAAUACAAGGCGAAAAUAUCGGAUCGUCUUAUAAACUCGAUAUUCAUGCUUCAUGCGAUGGCAGCCUGCGCGUAUGGUUCCGGAACUAUCCUGAAUAACGUUGAAGUCACCAAUCGAACGGAGGAACUGCCCUAUAUCGACAAGUUAGAUAUCCCCUUCGACGUUAACACGCAACUCAUGUACAGAAGCAUAUUAUUCGCAGAAUUCUUCGUUAUGACCUCUAUCUGCUGGUUAGCUGGUGUGACGAACGUAUUAUUGUUGAGUCUAACAUUGCAUGCCGCUGGCCAGAUGGACAUUCUUCGUAACUGGUUCACGCAACUUGUACCCCGUGCAAAACAGAUUAAACACGAAUCGACAGUCAUUAUCCUGAAACGGAUCGUACAGAAGCAUCAGAAAAUCAUCGAUUUUUCAGAAUGCAUCGAGAGUCUCUACACGCGGAUUGCGUUUCUGAUAUUCACGUCAAACAUGACAAUGAUUUGUUCAUUGGGCUUUGUGAUCGUAACGGCAAUCGGCAGUCCCAACGCAGUUGAACAGAUAGUGCGGUCGCUUUUAUUCUACACCAUAACAAAUCUAGAAGCGUUUAUAUUUUGCUUCGCUGGGGAAUAUCUGAGCAACAAGAGCAAAUUGGUCGGCAUCGCAGCUUACAACACACCUUGGUAUGCUUUGGCGCCCAGUGACAGCCGAGUUAUGUUGAUUAUUAUAUUAAGAUCGCAAAAGAAACUGACGCUCACAGCAGGCAAGAUGGUGGAUCUAUCCCUAGAAUCCUUCGCGAAUAUCAUGAAAGCCUCUGGAUCUUACUUGUCGGUGUUGUUGGCGAUGCAAUAA